UCGAGCGCUCAACGUUGACGUCGCGGUUGAAAAUCGGCAAGAGGUUCGAGCCACAAAAGCUCCGGUACAGUGCGUACUCCCUAUGCUGAACGACUCGCCAGUGAGUGUGUGACUGUGUGCGGGCGCAGACAUGAAGUGAAUAAGAAAUUGGAAAAGCACUAAAACAUAACAUAUAUGUAAAAUAUACGAAAAAAAAAUAUAUAAAAACGCAAAAGAAAACGCAAGAAACGUGGGUAAGGCCAAAAGCGAGGCAAAAACCGACAACGACAACAAAAAAGCAACAACAACAACAACAGCAAUAGCAAUAGCAACAACAACAACAGCAACUCGGCGAUAAUCAGAAAAUAUUUCUUUAAGCCCAUCGCGCGCCUCAAAUCGAAAAAGCGCGAAAUAUUUAUUUCGGCCCCAAAACCUACAGAAAUGCACAGAACAGAGAAGCAUUCGGAGGCAUCCCAGCUGAGACUCUGCCUCGAAAUUCAUCAGGAGGAUUCCGGAACAGAUCUGCAGAUGUCUAGGAAAAAAUGCAAUAAUAACCAACAGCGACGAGGUCGUCGAAGGCGAAUCGACUGGGGGAAUUUGUUGGGUGUUCGUGGCUCCAUCAGCUUUACCAUUUUGAUGUUGACCAUUUGCAUGGCCCACACGUCGACUGCCGUUCCUGCCGUGGAGAGCAGCAGCGUGGCAUCCUCCACAGUCGUCACGGUCGCGGUUACGCCGAGCAUCACGGCGAGCAGUUCGAGUCCGAGUUCGAGCGGCGGAAGUGCCGGAUUCUACGGACUGGCGGCCAGCACCACGGAAUCCCCAGCUCCGCCGGAACAGCAGCAGCCCCAGGGCCAAUGCCUGCUGGACGGAAUGUGGGUGGCCGAAACCGCGGCCCAUUGCGAAUAUCAGACCAGUUGCCGUGCCAUCCAGCGAACCGGCCACUGCUGCCCCGAUUAUAAAUGCGAUUGCGAAAAGGACGGCAAAACUUAUGCCAAUGGUUAUAAAUUGGUUGAUCCGGACACGCCGUGCACCGUGUGCUACUGCAAAGGCGGCGAGAUUGUUUGCAGCCCGGUGACCUGUUUCCACCGAGACGACUGCAUGCCCAAAUACGUUCCCGGUCGCUGUUGUCCGGAGUACGACAAUUGUCCCAUUCUGGACAACAAUCCUCCGCUGGCCAGCGAACCCGUGAGCACUUCCACCACCUCCACCCAAAAGCCAGUUGCCUUGGCUCCACCCGCUGGGUUCAACUGGAACAUCACCAUCAAGGAGAUAACCAAGCCCACGGAGAUCCGAAUAACCGAUGACAACAAGGCCAAGCCAUCGAUUCCCACGAGGAAGCCGAGUAGUUUGAAUCCAACCACCGAGGGACCGGCAACCACUGGAGUUUCUUCGCUGGAAAGCACCACUGCAGGAUCACAGGUAUCACCUGGAGCAGCAGGAUCCACAGGAGCAGCCAUAACAACAGCAACACCAGCCAUCAGCAGCACGCCUGCAGCAGCAACAUCUCCUGUGACAGCAGCAACACCAACGGAAACGGCGGCAACACCAACGAUUUCCAGCCAAGACAGCAACCAGAAAGCACUUCCAGUCGGCAACGAGAGCUUAAAGCUCAUCGCAUCUGUUGGCUAUAUUGAAAAGCCACUUUCCCCCAGCAGCAGCAACAUUGUGGAGCAACAGGUGAAGCCACUGGUCACCUACACAUCUGACGGUUUGCAAUCGCUGGCUGGAAGUGAUCCCAGUAAGGUGAACAUCAAGAGGGAGUACACCACAGAGGGAGCCUUCCAGAGCACCAAGAACUACGAGGAGUCCUUCCCUCUGUUCAUACAGAACGGUUUUAAGGACUCUCUGGUGGAGCCAACCGAUGGAGAACUCGAACCUGAUACAGCGGGCAGUGAUAACAUCUACCACAUUAUAUCCACCACCGAAGGACCUGGCAGUAAACAGAAAAUUACCACAGAUGCACCACCAAAAGUUGUGGAAACCUCAACCAUUAGUCAACCUUCGAGUAAUAACACCACCAAAUCGGGAAUGGAUAUCACCACAGAUGGUCCCAAUUCAGUGAGCAGUGAAAUGCCGCCCUUGAGUUCCACUCACCACAUGGAAGUGGAGGACGAUGUGCCCCAGGUGGAGUCCAAUCCUGCCUAUCCUUCGCUUCCCGAAGACGAUUUCAGCUUGAGGGAUGUGAACUUUCCCCUCGUGGAACUGGAUGAUGUUGCUGAAGUUGAAAAGGACGAACCGAGAAGCAUUCCCAGUCCCUUUGAGCUGAGCCACAGGCACGUGAAACUAACUCCCGAUCCGAAUCUCGAUAGCAGUGGAAGUGGAAGUGGCGGUGGCGACAUAGAACUCUACCAGGAGAAAUCCUCCACCACCGAGGGAAUGCUAGCUGCAGCUUCUUCGAUUGAGGAAAGGAACUCUCUGGUGCCACUGCUGAUGUACAGUGGUGAAGAUAUUUCCGGGGAGACCCGCAUCCAAAAUGGAAGCGAUCUGCAGCUGGAGAAGAUCAGUAGGAACGAAGGCGUCGAGGAAAUGGAAUUGGGCAGUGGUGAGGUGAGGGAACCCAUUACCCCGAAAACCAGCCCACUUUCCACCCUGGACAUCGAUGAAUUGGGUUCAGGAUCGGGUCAAGUGGGUAAUGUGGGUGGUGUGGAUCCCAAGGCGGAUGCAGAGAGCCUUAAACUAGAUGAAAGCCAGGAAACGGAGGCCAAAACCAGUUCAGUGGACAAAUCCUCUGCGAGGGCCGAAAAGAGUUUUGUGGAGAGAGCCCUGCCAUUGGGACGCCUAUAUCUUCAGAAGAUCUACUAAAGUCGGUUCACUGGAAUCGGCUUACUUGAAAGAUCAAACCUUUUUAUUGUAUAUACAUACACCGUAACGAAAAUCCAACCAUUCAAGUGAGCAAAGUUGUAGGUUUAAGUAGAACGAAAGGAAAAACAGGGGAGAGGAGGAUCUAUUUGAGGAUUUAUCAUUUCCACAGACUGCAUAGACGACCUUCUGAAUUUAUAAACCUUACGGACAUAAUCAUUAACCUAUGAUUAGCAAAGCUGGGCUCCCCAAAUGCAAUAACAAAAUGUUUCAUUAAUCAAAGGCAAUCCACAUUGCUUAGUUGUAUUUCUUAUUUAUACGUAUUUGUCCUAAGUGCACAUUAGACAUCCAAACAUUCUGCCACGCCCACAAUCGAAAUUCAUCGAAUAAGUCGCAACAUUUACGAACGGAAAAUUUUUAACUUGUUUUAUCUCAUCAUGAUUUUAUUUAAUGUGUAAUUUAUUUCAUAACGAAUGGAAAUGAAUUGGAAAAGUAGGCCGAUAGCUUCAGCGGUGGUUUAUUUUAAAAUGCAAUGGCAAACUAUAUAGUCCUCUUUAAUUUGAAAAGCUUUUAAGUUUAGACUGAAUAUGGCAAAGUUUUAAUUUAAAGCAAUUUACAAUUACUCCUACUUUAACCAUAAUUUAUAUACAAUUAAACUAAUUUAAACUUGACAUUGAGUCGAAGAUAAUUGAAGAGGGGAACAAGGAAUCCCAAGAAGGAAUUCUUAAGUUCGUCAGAAUUUGAAAACUAACGAGAGGAGAAAAGUGUCAAAAUAAAAACGCAGUCAUUCUUUAGUUAGUCCAUAAAAUAAACAAUUACCUAUAUGAACAUAAUUUAUUUAGGCGAUGAUCGAGCACACUAUCACUCACACAUACACACACAACCACACAGAUUUUUUGAGAUAAAGUAAACUAUAUUAUGAAUCUACUUUAACUAGCGUAAAUUUAGAUUGAAGCUCAUUUUAAAAUGUAUGAACUAUGAAUAAAAAUGAGGUAAUUCUAAAACACAAA